UCGACUAUAGAUUAUUGUUUUGAAAUUUAUUAUUCGUCAUACUUCGCAGUAAUACUUCUUCCUGUACAUAUAUUUCUUUAGAGUAUUUAUACGUAUAUUUAUUUCUUUUCAAUAUCAACCAUUUACUUUUAAUAAUAUUGUGCGGAUUAUAUAGAUUCAAAAUGUUCAUUUGAAAAGGAGGUUUAUUAAUUUCUAUGAUAAAAAUUGUUGCGAAGUGUUCUUUUGGGUCAAACUUUAUUAUCAAGAAGAAUAAGAAGCAACUUGAAUGCAGAACAUAACCUCAAUAUUAGUUAAAAUUGUUUUUUAAAAUAUUACCGCGUAAUUAUUGUGAAAACUUUUGGUAUAUUAUUAUGGAUAGAAACGAAGAAGAAUGGUCUGUUGAAUGUUCGGAUGAAGAAAAGUAUGAAGUUGAUUCAAAAAGUGAAUGGACAUUAAAAUCAGAAGAUAUACUUUCUUUAAUUGACGGACUGGAAGCUAAUAAUCGUAUUUUAGAACUUGAAUGGAAAUGCCCUGGUAGAAGAGGUCCUUCUCCAAUUCCUUCUUGUAAUCGUCAGCAAGAACAUGGCUCACAAGAAUAUAAACCGGAAGAAAAGUCAGAUUUUGAUUUUAUGGAUGAAAUGUCAUCUCCCAGAUUACCCGUUCGUAGAGUAGGAGAAAGUACUCCUAAAGGUAGUGCCAAGAAAAAAACUGCCAGUUUUAAUGGUGUUUUGUCAACUAUGUUACGCCAUCGUAGAUUGGAACAACAAGAAAUUAAUUCCAGUUCAAAGAAAAGUGAACCUAAUUCACCAGGUUUAAAAACUCAACCAACUUAACAUUAUCUUUUAUAGAAAUAGAGUACUGAAAUUGAUAUAAGCACAUAUUAUAUAUACAAGAUAUGGGACAAA